AUGUAUCACAGAGUGUUCCAGCUGGAGUAACAAUAAUACCUAUUGAUAACUUACCUAUAUCAUCAAACGCUGAUAGCGAAUCAAGCGACGCUGACAGUACGUCUUCGGACGAUGAAGGAAUUCAAGCAUGA